GAAGUCUUUGGGAAAUGGGUUUUUGUGAUUGUGAAUUUUUGAUGUUAAUCGAAAACCGAUUGAUGGGAUUUUGAAUUUGACGUGAUUGGAUUGGUUCUAAGGCCCUCUCAUGGGGAGAUUUCUUGGCAGGUUUGUGUUGCCUCUGCUGCUGCUAACAGGGGACAUGGGACCUCUGAAUUCAAUGGUGAAGUUGUUGCCACCGUUUGCGGUAUCAGUGUUGAUGCUUUCUUCAAUGAACUUACCUGACGGCAUCCAGGCUGAAGUUCGUGGUUUUCAACAUGAUGGUUUACAUCUCCAAGCAAGAAGUCAGAAGUAUGGAAAGCUUGGAAGGGGUCAAUUGCUGACACUCCCUCCUUAUCUGGUGAAAAGACGCAAGCAGCACUUCCAUCAUUUAGAAAACUAUGGUAUUGACCUGAUAAUUGGCUGUAAUGGAUUCAUCUGGGUUGGGGAACAUGUUCAAGUGACAGACGAUAUGGUAGUGGAUCAAGUGAACAAGUCUGAACAAGAUGAUGCCAAACCUGAUGAAAAUUCCAUUAGUCCCGAAGAUCAAGAGAAAAACCACACUCAGCAAGAGACAAGAGAGAACAUAUGCAGGGCUGCAAACGCUAUCCGCGUAUUGUCUACUUUAGGCUUCAAUAUUACUGUAGAAGUAAUCACGGAGACGGUUGAUAUGAGCACUUCUAUAAAUGUUGCUAUACAUGAAAUGCUCGGUUCAGAGUUCUAUGUUUUGGUUGCAGAGAAGGAGUCUGUAAGGCGAAGAAUGACAAAAAAAAAGUGAUGACUGUGUGUCCAC